AUGACAUCAUUCCAGCUGCUGCUGCUGCUUUCCCUGACUCUGUCUGGCAUCUGCCUGAAUUUGGGGCAGCCCACUCUGGAUGGUGGUGAGAACGGGGAAAGGAGCCACCUGGAUGACAUCUUGCAGAGGGCAGAAAGCAUCCUCCUUAGGUCUAUCCUCAAGAAAGUAGAAGAGGAGGAAGAGCUCAAUAAAGAACCAGAUGCUUCUGAGCCAGACUCUCUUUCCAAACGACAGCACCCUGGGAAAAGAUUCUUCAAUGAACUGGAAAAGAGACAGCACCCAGGGAAAAGGGAAGAUGGGGAAGAAGCCUUGUAUGGUGACAUCCAGAAGAGGCAGCAUCCAGGAAAAAGAGAGGAAGACGAUGACCUUGACCACUACCUGGAGCUGCAGAAGCGACAACAUCCUGGCAAAAGGUCACUGUGGGACCAGUAUGUUGAUGCCCCUGGCACCCAGCUGACCUACCUGAAUGAAUUAUCCAAAAGGCAGCACCCAGGCAAGAGGUAUCUGGUUUAUGCCAAGCGUCAGCACCCUGGCAAGAGGGGCUGGGAGGAUGAGCUGGAUCUGGGGGAGCAGGACUUGGAGAAACGGCAGCACCCUGGGAAAAGAUUCUCCGACUCUGAAAGCCCAGAUUAUGCUGCCCCCUGUGACCUCCAAGAUGACUUCAACUGUAGCAAAGGCAGCUUAUUGCUCGAGUUAUUAGAUAAUGUCAAUAAGGGCAGGGUGGAAGAGAAGCGGCAGCAUCCGGGGAGGAGGUCUGCAUGGGAAAGUGAGGCUGAGGCAGAGGAAUGA